GUGUCCACAGAGGUCAGGCAGUAAGCACGCAACCACGCCAGCGGAUAACUACUACCUGGCUCGGAGGAGGACCCUGCAGGUGGUGGUCAGCUCCUUGCUCACCGAAGCCGGCUUCGAGAGCGCAGAGAAGGCUGCAGUGGAGACGCUGACGGAGAUGUUACAGAGCUAUAUUUCUGAAAUUGGAAGGAGUGCAAAGUCCUACUGUGAACAUACAGCCAGAACGCAGCCUACGCUCUCCGAUAUCGUGGUUACUCUAGUAGAAAUGGGGUUCAAUGUUGAAACUCUUCCUGCAUAUGCCAAGCGGUCCCAGAGGAUGGUCAUCACUGCCCCUCCUGUGACAAACCAGCCCGUGACUCCCAAAGCCCUGACAGCUGGACAGAACAAGCCACAUCCAUCCCACAUUCCUGGCCAUUUCCCUGAGUUUCCAGAUCCUCACACUUACAUCAAGACACCAACAUACCGGGAGCCAGUAUCUGAUUAUCAAGUCCUACGGGAAAAGGCAGCAUCUCAACGGCGCGAUGUGGAAAGAGCUCUCACACGUUUCAUGGCUAAGACAGGAGAAACACAGAGUCUCUUCAAAGAUGAUGUUAGCACGUUCCCAUUGAUUGCUGCCAGACCUUUCACUGUACCCUACCUGACAGCUCUUCUCCCCUCUGAGCUGGAAAUGCAGCAAAUGGAAGAAACAGAUUCAUCUGAGCAAGACGACCAGACAGACACUGAGAACCUUCCGCUGCACAUGAGCACGGAUGAUUCAGGACCUGAAAAGGAGAAUGCUUCAGUGUUACAGCAGAACACCUCCCUGUCAGGCAGUCGGAACGGGGAAGAAAAUGUGAUAGACAAUCCCUACCUCCGGCCAGUGAAAAAGCCCAAGAUCCGCAGAAAGAAGUGA